AUGUUCGAGAAACUCAGGAAUUUCUUCUUCUUAAUCCCGGCCUUCGUGAUAAUGAGUUUUUACACCACGAAGUUUGCUUACUACGAUCGAUUACCCAGGACUGAAUUAUACACAUGCAAGGUUAUACGAAUUCUUUGUUUUGGUGAUUCCUUAACGACAGGCCUCGUGGACGUAAAAACAUUUGAAAGCUACCCUUAUUCCAUCAAACUACAAGAAUAUUUUGAUUUGCACAAUCACACAGUACUGGAUGUGUCAAAGCGAUCUUUCUUCCAAGUUCACAACGCGGGAAUGCCUGGUGCCAGAGCAAAAGGUCAAAUGUUGCCACAUUUGACUCAAAUAUUGCAACAUUCAAGAAUAAAAUACAGCUGGGUGAUCAUUCUUGCUGGGACUAACGACUUGAAUUCCGUGCGUACACUCGGAGAAGGCAAUCUUUCAUACAAUUCAAAAUCCAUAUUUAAUGCGAUAGUAACGCUUCACAAUGUUACACACAUGUUUGGUGCGAGAUCUCUGGCAGUUUCCAUUCCGGAUAGAGAAUGUGAAGGAUUGGGAACGUGUACUAAGCUGAAACACACCCAUAACAAGAUAAACCAACUUCUUCGCGAUUUCGCAGCCAAGAGCAAGGAGAAAAUGCUUCUUGCUGAUUUAUCUAAACAUGUUUAUCUUCCUCGUGACCGUAAAUUGUGGCGUGAUCCGCUUCAUUUUACAAAACAGGGUUAUGAAAAGAUGGCAGAAAUUAUUUAUAACGCAAUGAAAGAACAUGUUUGA